AUCUGCCAACACCAUGGCAAGCAAAACUAAACUCAUUUUUACUGGAUUAUUGAUUCUCAUUUCAGUGCAGUGGACUUUGUCUUACUCAGAGGAAGAGCUCCAUGCCAGCUACUGGAACAACAAAGCAAAGCAGGCUCUUUUCACUGCCCUGAAUAAUCAGCCUAAUGUCCGCAUGGCCAAGAACCUCAUCCUCUUCCUGGGGGACGGUAUGGGGGUACCAACAGUGACUGCCGCUCGGAUCCUCAAAGGCCAGAUGGCAGAAAAAUCAGGGGAGGAGACCAGUCUGGUUAUGGAUACCUUCCCAUACCUAGCCCUGUCUAAGACGUACAAUGUGGACCAGCAGAUGCCAGACAGUGCUGGCACAGGCACAGCUUACACGUGUGGUGUGAAGGCCAACUACGGCACCCUGGGAGUCACUGCUGCCACCCCAAGGGCCAACUGUAAAGCUAGCCAUGGGAAUGAAGUCACAUCGAUUCUGCACCGAGCCAAGCAAGCAGGAAAAUCGGUGGGAAUUGUCACUACAACCAGAGUGCAGCAUGCCUCUCCUGCUGCAAACUACGCUCACAGUGCCGACCGAAGUUGGUAUUCUAACUCUGACCUCACUGAUGAGGCUAUCCAAAAUGGCUGCCGUGACAUUGCUUACCAGCUGGUUCACAACACAGAGAUAAAUGUCAUUCUUGGUGGAGGUCGUGAGUACAUGUUUUCCAAUAUGACGCACGAUCCAGAGUAUCCAUCUGACACAGGAGACCGAACUGAUGGACAAAAUCUUGUUGCAGAGUGGACAAAGAACAAAAAGAAUGUUAAAUAUGUUUGGAACAAAGCUGAUUUUGAUGCUGUCAACCCCAAAAAUACAGAUUUCCUGAUGGGUCUCUUUGAGCCCAGAGACUGCCGCUACGAGGUUGACCGUGAUCCAGCCAUGGACCCCUCCCUUACAGAGAUGACGGAGAAGGCAAUUAAGAUUCUCAGCAAAAAUCCAAAAGGGUUUUACCUCUUUGUGGAAGGUGGGAGAAUUGACCAUGGUCACCAUGGAACGAAGGCCAAAAGAGCUCUCACUGAGACUGUUGAGUUUGACCGGGCGAUCGGGCGAGCAGCUGAACUCACCAGUGAGCUGGACACUCUGACUGUGGUCACUGCUGACCACUCCCAUGUCUUUGCUUUUGGAGGAAGCGCUGCCAGAGGAAACCCUGUUUUAGGGGUGUCACGCUCAAUUGCAAAAGACAAUAAGCACUUCACCACUGCUGUGUAUGGAAAUGGCCCAGGAUACCAGAUUGUCAAUGGAACUCGCCCAGAUGUGAAUGAGACAAUUUCAUCGGAUAAGGACUACCGUCAGCAGACUCCCGUCCCUCUUAAUUCAGAGACCCACGGCAUAGAUGAUGUAGCUAUCUUUGCCAAAGGUCCCAUGUCACACCUUUUCCACGGUGUCCAAGAGCAGAGCUACAUUGCACAUGUCAUGGCGUAUGCUGCCUGCAUAGAACCCUAUGAGAACUGCGAACUGGACAACCAUGCUGGAUCCAUCCACCCCAGCCUUUUGCUCCUCCUGCUGGGUCUCCUUCUCCUCUCACUCUGCUCUGUCUAAGAUGACGACCCUUGGGUUAGGGUUAGGGUAAUAAUUGUGCUAUUAGAUAUAUUCACGCUUUCUGUGUAGAAUUAAAGAGGUCUAUAAUAGCGAUCACUGCCAUUUUAACUAAUUUCAAGUUGGUUCCGUUAACCUUAUUGUGAAAUGCAUCAGUGAGCGAUGACUUUUAACACUCCAUUGAGUUUAUUUAUAUGAAAUUAUGGUUGCAGUUAUUUUUGAAAUAUUUUUAAUAAAGCUGUCAUUUCUCAAUGAUAUUA